AUGAUUAGCGAGAUUAAAGUUGGAGUGAGGAUAGUCUAAGAGCUUGGUGAAUUAUUCGAAUUCUUAAACUAGAUAUAAAAAAAUUAUUAUCUAGUAUAAUAAAAUAACAAAUAUAUGUCUGGAAUUGCCAAGAGUGCAAAGGGUGGAAAAGGCGGAAAAGGAGGAAAAGGAGGAAAGUUUGGAUCCGGUAAGAAUAAGAAGGCACCUCAAUCUAGGUCCUUGAAGGCUGGACUUUAAUUCCCUGUUGGUCGUAUUCAUCGAUAUCUAAAGCAAAGAGUAUCUGCCAAAAACAGAGUAGGAACUACAUCAGCAGUUUACACUUCAGCAAUUUUGGAAUAUUUAACAGCUGAAGUGCUUGAGUUAGCAGGAAAUGCAUCAAAAGACUUUAAAGUCAGAAGAAUAACUCCAAGACAUUUAUAAUUAGCCAUCAGAGGUGACGAGGAACUCGAUAUUCUCAUCAGAGCAACAAUAGCUGGCGGUGGUGUCAUUCCUCAUAUUCACAAAGCUUUAUUCGGAAAAUAAACACCAGAAGUUGGUUAACCUAAGGAAUGAAUUAUAUAUAUAUAAUAAUAUUAAUUCAUAUGGGAAUUUAAGUAUGAUUCAAAUUUAA